AUGAAAGCGCUGGCGACGACUAUCCUCGGCUGUCUACUGCUGGUGGGCUCCAUCCAGGCUUACAAUGAGAUCUGCAUCGGCGUACCCAACCUUACCUACGUAAGAAGCCCGCAAGCAUGUUAUCUGUACUACGCAUGUAUUGAUGGUCAGGCGUACGGAUACACAUGUCCCGAAGAUCUUUGGUUCUCCAUGGAGUUGCAACGUUGUGUGCCGCAGGAUGAAGCCGACUGCGACAUCGAACCGGCACCAGAACUACCGGAAGCACCACCGAGACCUCCGUCGCCAGAAUGUGAUAAUUUGCCCGAUUUCACCUACCUACCAAGCACUACAUCCUGUCAGUUUUACUAUCAAUGCAUAGACAACUUUGCGUAUCGGCUGUCGUGCCCGCGCGGAUACUGGUUCAGCAUUGAGCUUGGCCGUUGUGGCAAUCGGUUCGAGGUUGAAUGUGACAUAGAAGAACCGACACAAACGCCUACGGCUCCUCCUGGUCCCUCGGAACCAAAUCUUUGCUUUGGACGUCCAAACUUUUCCUACGUUCAAAGCCCACAGUUCUGCCAACUGUUUUACUACUGCCUUAACGGUACACCCUUCCCAAUGAUUUGUCGCAAUGGAUUCUUCUUCGACGAAACCACUCAGGACUGCAUUCCGGAAGAGGAGGCACAGUGCAGUAACCCCGGAUUACCGGGAUCUACUCCAGGACCAACGCCAGGCAUUUGCAACAAUGUAGACGAUGGUGAGAUGGUCAUCAAUCCACAGUUCUGCAAUCAGUACUACGUCUGUGUGGAAGGUACCGCUUACCCAACAAUAUGUCCCGACGGUACAUGGUUCGACCAGGAGACGCAAUCCUGCGGUAAUCCGAUUGAUGUCUUCUGUCCGAAUGGUCCACCGACCACACCAACCCCGAACGUUUGCGUUGGCGCAGACGACGGUGACUACGUUCCUAGUCCACAACGUUGCGAAGCUUACUACGUUUGCUCGGGUGGCAUUGGAUACAUUCUAUAUUGCCCACCCGGUUUAUGGUUCGAUCAAACCACACGCGAGUGCAUUUCACCUGCCGUUGCAAUCUGCAAUGUACCCACCCCUCCGACUCCACCCCCUACACCCACUAUCCCCCCAACGGUUCCACCUACUGGGCCACCAGAGACGGGUAACCAGCAAUGCAACGGACUACCCAAUGGUACCUAUGUGCCCAGCCUUGACGACUGUAGCCGUUUCUACAUCUGCUUCAAUGAAGGUGCAUAUCCGAGCAAUUGCCUCGGUGGUUUGUACUUCAAUCCGGAAACGAUGCUCUGCGACCUGCCGGAGAAUGUGUCGUGUAAUGUAGCACUUCCGAAAGUUUCACUGUUGCUUUUCUUUGUGUCACGGUGUUCCGUCUUGGCUGAGGAUGAUCGUUGUCAAGGAGUUCCUGACCUGAGCUAUAUCCCUAGUCCCAACGCAUGCUACCUUUACUACAACUGUAUCGAUGGCAACGCGUACCCACAAAUCUGCCCCACCGAUGAAUGGUUCUCAAUGCAACAGCAACGAUGUGUGCCAAAAAAUCAAUCGGAAUGCGAUCUUGACGAGCCUCCAGCACUGCCAGAAGCACCCGCUCCUGAUCCAUCACCAUUGUGUGACGGUGUACCCAAUUUCCGCUACAUAGCUAGUGUUGACUCGUGUCAGUGGUACUACCAGUGUAUCGAUCGGAUCGCGUACCGUCUGUCCUGUCCGCUGUUUUACUGGUUCGACGAAACUCUUCAGCGUUGCGGCACGCGAUACGAUGUGGAAUGUGACCAUGAGCUAGCUACUUCCACACCGGUGGCAACGCCCCCAACGGUGGAUCCGCUGGAAAUAUGCUACGGGCAACCAGACACCGCUUUAAUUCCUAGUAAUACGCUUUGCGAGCGAUAUUACUCCUGCUAUCAGGGCGUUGCUUACCCAAACACUUGUCCAAGCGGAUUGUGGUUCAAUCCAGAAUCAGGCGAAUGUGACAAUCCGGAAAAUGUGGAAUUUGGUGUCUCACUGCAAUCCUCGUCAUCUUCCUCGUCAUCAUCAAGUGAAUCAAACGAAAACGGACGACCUCCAUGGGUGUCGACCGGUCGCCCACCGUGGGUAUCAACUGGACGGCCCCCGAUCAAUCGCAAUCGAUGUGAUAGUGUUCCAGAAGGAAGCCUUUUCCCUUCGUCCAACUGUGCCAACUUCAUCCGCUGUGAAGGCGGCAGCGAACGCGAGAUAGCCUGCGUUCCAGACGGUACACUCUUCGAUUACGAACGUCAGGUGUGUGAUCAUCCAGAGUUUGUGACGUGCUACAGCCAGGAUAACCGUUGCACAGGACGAGCGAAUGGAACCCUCAUUCCUGCGGAAUCUUGCUCCAACUUUAUCAUCUGCAUGAACGAGUUGGAAAACGAAGAGGUAACCUGCGUUCCGGCCGGCACUCUUUUCGAUUACCAGCGUGAAGUAUGUGACUACCCGGAAAAUGUGUUGUGCUGGGAAAGUGACAUGUGUGCCGGACGUCCGGAUGGUUCUUUGGCGCCCUCACGCAACUGCAGCAAUUUCUUCAUCUGUGAGGAUGAAUCUAUAUUCGAAGAAGUCACAUGUCAACCAUCCGGAACCCAUUUCGACUGGGAGCGAGAAGUUUGCGACCAUCCGGAAAAUGUUAAAUGUUGGGAGUCCGGUGCCGGUGGCAAUAGUACGGAUCGACCACCAACAUCAACUGUUGCACCGACUCGUCCUCCACUAGAUGUUAACGUUCCAAACGAUAUUUGUCGGGGCGUUACCGUGGGAAUGAUCGCACAUCCGUCUGACUGCACGCAGUACGUGAUCUGCGUCUUGGGUCAGCCUACAAUCCAACGAUGUCCCGACAAUUUCAUCUUUAUCGCUGAGCUUUCUACGUGUGGCUUCGGUGAUCCGAAUACCUGUGUUGCUAGUCCAACUUGGGUAGAGGUUUACCAGCGAGUCAUAUCAGGCCGCUGUCAAGGUCAAACCGAUGGCACCCUUUUUCCGUCAACGAACUGCUCGAAUUUCGUCAAUUGCCAAGGAAAUCGCGAGGUAGAGGUAGCUUGCCUGCCGGAAGGUACCAUGUACGACUAUCAGCGUGAAGUAUGUGAUCACCCAGAGUUUGUGACCUGCUGGACAGAAGAAAAUCGUUGCACGGGCCGUGCAAAUGGAACCCUCAUCCCUGCCACAAACUGCUCCAACUUCAUCAUCUGCAUGAAUGAGCUAGAAAAUGAAGAGGUUACCUGCGCACCCGCUGGUACGCUGUUUGACUAUCAACGAGAAGUAUGUGACCAUCCAGAGAAUGUCCAGUGCUACGAAGGCGGUGCAUGCGCUGGCCGUCCCGAUGGUUCGCUGGCACCUUCGCGCAACUGCAGCAAUUUCUUCCGCUGUGAAAAUGAAGACAUCGCGGAGGAAAUCACCUGUCAGCCGCAGGGUACAUUAUUCGACUGGCAACGGGAAGUAUGUGACCAUCCAGAAAAUGUCGAAUGUGCUGAGUCGGGACCGACCGGAAACAGUACCGCUGCACCACCGCUGCCUACGGAAGAACCAACCCGUCCUCCCCUAGACCCAAGUGUUCCCGUGGAUCUCUGCCGUGGAGUUACUGUCGGUAUGUUGGAGCAUCCGACGGACUGCACGCGCUACGUAAUCUGUGUAUUGGGUCAACCCAACGUGCAGCAAUGUCCACCGAAUACCAUCUUUAUUGCAGAAUUAGCAACCUGCGGUCACGGUGAUCCAGUGACGUGUGUGGCCAGCGAAAUGAACAAGAAACUGUGCAUUCUCCUUGUGCUAGUCGUUCUCUGCUCGGCCACCUUAGCCGGCAAGAGCAAGGAAUCGUCCAAGGAAAAGUCUAAGGAAAAGUCCAAGGAAAAAUCUAAGGAAGAUUCUGGUUCCAAGGAAAAAUCGAACGAAAGCUCUUCAAGCGAAGUAACCACUACGGCGGCACCAGAAACAACUACCGCUUUGACCACCAGUGACCGAUGUGCCGGACAACCCGAUGGAACGGUACUCCCAUCCUUAACCACCUGUUCCAGUUUUGUUACCUGUCAGGGUGAAACCGAAACAGCCGAAGCUACAUGUGUGCCUAGCGGUACCAUCUUUGAUUCGUCGAGAGGAGUGUGCGACUACGAGCCCAAUGCAGUUUGCACGAUCGAAGGUGAAACCACGACAGCAGCGGAAACCACGACCGAAACUGCAACGAGCGCUCCGGAACCGACUCAAAACGAACUGAAGGGCAUGUGCAAGGGAGUCAUCAUUGAUAUGAAGGCACAUCCUGGUAACUGCAACAAGUACAUCAUCUGUGUUCUGGGUGUCCGGGACACUAACCAGCCGAACCACAAAACAAAGGUAGUGUCAGUUAUUAGACGAUUGUUAACUUUUAACGCUGAACAAUUGUGCUGGACAAUCGCGCCCAUCAUGAACUCUCUAGCCGCGACCUUGUUCGUCGGUAUGUUGAGUGUCACACUGGCAUUCGAUGAAGAGUGCGUUGGUAAACGCAACGGAGCCACUUUUUCCGACGAGUAUAGCUGCAGUCGGUACCGCAUCUGUCUCGGUGGAUAUCUGUCGCAUGGCGAAUGUGCCACCGGGCUCUACUGGGAUAACUUCCGACGACUGUGCCUGCCAGCGGCGCUAGUCUCUUGCCAAGCCAAGCUCCCCACAACCGUUCAGACCACACCGUAUGAACCGACAACGAGUGAUGGAAUUAUACUCGAUGAAAAUCAUCCCGGUGUGCCUGACGAUUUUCAAACCGAAGAGUACCACUGUCCGACGGAGGGUGUCCUGACCAUACCGCACCGACGUAGCUGCUCGCAGUAUGUGCUGUGUUUCGAUGGUACCGCCGUUCUACAGCGAUGUGCUCCCGGACUGUAUUUCAAUGCGGCCCAGAGCCAGUGCACACUGCCCAGCUUGGCGAACUGCGAUUUGCAGGAACAUGUGUGCCCCGAGAAGGACGAUCCACUGAAGCUUGUGUUUGUUGCCGAUCGUUUCGACUGUUCCAAGUAUUACUAUUGCUACAACGGAAAGUUUCAUCCGCACAGUUGUGCCCCGGGAUUGCACUGGGAUCCAGUAAACAACUGGUGCACGACGAUCGCAGAAUCCAGAUGUCAAAACUUCACCCCCUACAAGGAGGUGAACGAACCGACGCUGGUCCCCAAGAAAGUUAGUUGCAUGGACGAUCAAGCUCGAUGGAAUAACAUGCCAGCUGGAACUGGUCGGUGUCCCAGUGAUAUGUUAUUUAAUGCCCAGGAAGAAAUGUGUGAUUUUCCCGAAAAUGUGGACUGUGCAUCAGUUCCAUUGCCCCCCGAUUUCGAGCAACCUAGCACAGUGACUUCUGAAGCAACGACAAUGGUAAAUGAUGAAACAACUACGUCCCCACCCGGAAUAUACUACUGUCCAGCAAUUGACGAUCCAGUUAUACCGAUGUACCUACCUAAAGCGGAUGACUGUUCGGCUUAUAUUUUGUGCUAUCACGGCAAUCCUUUGUCUAUGCAAUGUCCGAACGGAUUAGAAUGGAAUACGGCUAGUUCUAUUUGUGAUUUGCCAGAGAAUGCUAAAUGCCAGGCAAUUUUCCAAGAUCCCUACGGCUGUCCAGAAACGGGAACUGAAAUUCUAGCUCAUCCCACAAACUGUGAGAAGUUUAUCUUCUGCCUGGAUGGCAUUUCUAGAGUGCAAAGUACAGUGCUGUACAAUAUGAUAAGAUUAGUACUGGCGCUAUUCCUCGUGGGAUGCGCAACGGUGCAAACACAGUCAACCGUUUGCCAAGGACAGGCAAACAUUUUCGUACCCCAUGAAACGGAUUGCUGGCGCUACUAUACCUGUGUUAAUGGACAAGCCUUCCCACAAGAAUGUCCGGAACCAUUUAUUUUUGUGAGUGCUACACAAAUGUGCGACUAUGGUGAUCGAAACGCUUGCGUCAACUGUCCUCCGACUGGAAUACAAAACUUCCCAGUAAGCAAUUCCUGCACCAAGUUCAUUCAAUGUAUCGAGGGAGUUCAAUUUGAGCGAGAAUGUCCAACGGGUACGAAGUUCGAUAAAACGGCAGGACAGUGUAACAUUGCAUCGGCGGUCGAUUGCGUUGAAGUGAACUGUCCAGCAGUUGACGAUCCACAGAACCCAGUCUUCGUUGCUGAUCCGACUAAUUGCCGGAAUUACUUCAUCUGUGUCGGUGGACAAGGAAUUCUCCAAGAAUGUCCGGCGCAAACACGAUUCAACCCAUCGCUAAACGUUUGUGAUCUCGAAUCGGUAGUUCCGUGCCCAAGCGCUCCCGUCCUUCUCCAAACGGCACAAGCGUCGCAUGGCGCAUUGUGCGAAAACAGUAGUGGAAUGACCUUUGAGCCCCUUCCCAACAAUUGCAAUUCCUAUAUCAUGUGUCUCAAUUCCCUGCCCUACGAAAUGUCCUGUCCUCCCGGAAAGUCGUUCGAUCGAAAGGUUAAAGCGUGCAUGAACACUGGCGAAGCUGAAUGCCUGUUUAAUUUCAAAGCCUUGUGCGAUGAUACUGGGUAUGGUUUAAACACUGUUGCUUAUCCAAACGAUUGCUCCAAAUAUCUUUUGUGCAUCUUCGACGAAGCAUACGAAAUCCAGUGCUCUCCUCACGAAAGAUACGAUAUUCGAACGAACCGUUGUGUAGACGCAAGCCAGGCGCUCUGUGUGUACGACACUCCCUCAAUGUCAGAUCCGAAACCGUUCGCUAAUCCCUGUGCAGAUAACGUGGGAGUCAACUUAGUGCCAGAUCCUACAAAUUGUCAGCAGUAUUUUACCUGCAUUGACACACGUAAUGUCCCAGCUAUUUGCCCCGGAAACCAAAUAUUCGAUAUUUAUUCAAGGAAUUGCGGUCCUGUGAAGCAGUCGACCUGCAUUCGCGAUGUCACCCCUUCGCCUCAACCACCACCACCACCACCCCCACCACCUUCCCCGACACCGAGCCCCAGACCGCCUGGACCAGCCCCUGCACCAUCGAACCCUAACAAUCCCUGCCGCAACAAUAAUGGUGUUACGUACAAGCCUCAUGCACUCGAUUGUACGCGGUACUAUAUGUGUAUGGACACUCAAUCCAUUGAGCGAACCUGCCCAUCUGGUCAGGUUUUCGAUAUCAACCGAACUACAUGUGGACCAACACAGUCAUCGACGUGCAUCUUGGACAUCAACCCAUGUGAUAAUAACAACGGCAUUGCGUAUAAGCCACAUCCCAGUGAUUGUACAUUGUAUUACAUGUGCAUGGAUGAACAAUCCAUUGACCGAUCAUGUGCCGCUGGUCAGAUCUUCGAUAUCUUUUUAUCCGUCUGUGGACCUGAGCAAACCUCAACAUGCAUACUGGAUCAAAAGCCCGAGGAUCCUACACCAUCGCCACCCAGUCCUACACCAUCACCACCUGCCAAUGACCCUUGCGUAAAUAAUCAAGGUAUAACUUACUUGCCACAUCCGCAAGACUGCAACCGAUACUACAUGUGCAUGGACCAGCAAGCUAUUGAAAGAACUUGUGGAAUUGGGGAGACGUUUGACAUUUACACUUCCAAAUGUGGUCCCAGUGGGACCUCAACAUGUGUCUUGGAUCCGAUACCCACAGUAAAUCCCGAAGAUAUACCUAAACCACCAACUCCACCACCCAGCUUACUACCAUUAUUCGGUUGUCCUGCUACAGGCACAGUGAAUGUGCCUCAUCCCUUCGAUUGCAACCUGUACUACCUUUGCGUUGAAGGUCAAGCAUUUUUGCUAAGCUGCGGUCCAAACUUGGUGUUUGAUAUACAAAUUAACCAAUGCAACAGACCAGAAGAAUCAAUCUGUGCGGCAGACCUCGUAACUCCUCCAACUGCUGCACCAGGCGAUACAACACCGGCCCCAACGUUCCCAACGCCGCCAACAGUAGGUCCUCCGACGACACCCACAGCGCCAAUACCCACUGCUCCUACUCCACCCGUUACUGAGGGAGACGAUCCGACAGCUCCAACGGCUGGACCUUCUGUUCCAACAGCUCCUACUGUGACGGGAGCUCCAACCCCAGCGCCGACGCUACCAACAGAAGUACCUACUGCGCCAACGCCAGGACCAACUGUUCCAACCAUUGCUCCAACGCCCGCUCCAACUCCCGUCCCGACUGCUCCUUCGCCUUCCCCAACACCUGCACCUGAACCUACUCCAGCACCUACUCCAGCACCUACCCCUGCGCCUACUCCUGCACCUACACCAGCUCCUACUCCUGCACCUACACCUGCCCCUACUCCAGCACCUACCCCCGCUCCAGGCACGCCACCAAAUUGUCCAGUCGAUCAAACGUUUUAUCAUCCUCACCCUGACUGUACCAGAUUCUAUCGCUGUGUAUGGGGUACAUUACACGUCAUGCAAUGUCCACCUAAUCAGUACUGGAACCAGGAGAGGGAGUUUUGCGAUCAUCCAUUCAAUGUAAGCUGUCCCUCUUCAGGUUAA